GCUGUCAAAAGCUUGUUGCUUAAAUCUGUGCGGUGCAACAGUGAAGUAAUGAAGAAAUGAGGUCGAAAUAACAAGCUGUAGUUGUACAAAAACAGCGAGAUUUAAACGUGUUGUUGAACAGAUAUUUCGGGGGCACUUGACACCUUGUUUUCGUUAGUUCAGCCGGGCUGCCGUGUCGUCUGUCCUGGCUGGUGCGUGAUUGCUGUUUCCUCUGGGAAGCGGUUCAUCCGUGAUGAUGAGAUCAGCAACAAAAAGUGCCUUUGAGAUGAUAUCCCCGACUUGGUCCUUGCAUAUUUUCGGCCGAUGCUUUCUUUAAGGCCAGACUCGAGCUCCUACACAGGAAACCUCAGCUGCAAGCUGUUUUCCAACACUUUGCACAACUUCAGCACCUGAAAAAUGCCAAAUAGAGCCAUAAUAUAAGAGGAAAGAGAAUAAUGACCAGAGAAUUUAUGACUAGAGUCUGAUAUUUAUAGGCACCAUUAUUUGUGGACACCACACUUGAAUGUGUCACAGACAUCUGCAGUUAUUUUUGUUUGACGGGUGAUUUCUCAGAGAUUGACCAGCCUGAUCUCUCUGCUCCAGCUGAUGGAGGCCUCAUCAGAUUGUUGUCAAAGAGGACUUUGCACAUAGAGCCAACCUACAGCUUUUGGUGUAUGAGGCACAAUAAGUGACUUUUAAAGAAAAAAAAUUAAUUUAUGAUUUUAACCUUCAGACAUGGCGUUGAACAUUUCUUCAGUAAGAGACACGAAAUGGCUGACUCUAGAAGUCUGUCGACAGUUCCAGCGAGGAAACUGUUCACGUAGUGAUGAGGAAUGCAAGUUUGCGCAUCCACCGAAGAGCUGCCAAGUUGACAACGGGAGAGUUGUUGCCUGCUUUGACUCACUGAAGGGCCGAUGCUCAAGAGAAAACUGCAAAUAUCUUCAUCCACCUUCACACUUAAAAACUCAGUUAGAGAUAAAUGGGCGCAACAACCUCAUCCAGCAGAAGACCGCAGCAGCCAUGCUCGCACAACAGAUGCCGUUUGUGAUCCCAGGACCCAGUCUGCAGCCUGUGCCAACAUUUCCUGUUACGCAGGGACUGAGCACAAACACUGGUCUUGGUUAUGGUUCAUACAUGACACCUUUGAGCCAUGGCAUGAGCCUCAUCCCGACAGACAACCUCUCCAGCGCCCAGGUCCUUGUUUCUGGGAGCCCACCUGUCACAGUCCAGAGCUCCUCCUCCUCUUCUUCUUCAUCUUCUUCUUCUCCCUCACAGAAGCUGCAGCGUACAGACAAACUAGAGGUGUGCCGCGAGUUUCAGCGGGGAAAUUGUGCGAGAGGGGAAACAGAUUGCCGCUUCGCUCACCCCAGUGACAGUCCAAUGAUUGACACCACAGAUAACACUGUCACUGUUUGCAUGGACUACAUCAAGAGCCGCUGCUCCAGGGAGAAGUGCAAGUAUUUUCACCCGCCUGCACACUUGCAGGCCAAAAUCAAAUCCAGUCAGCAGCAAGUCAAUCACACAGCUGUGGCAGCCCAGGCUGCAGCUGCAGCCAUGACUCAGUCGACUGCCAAAGCAAUGAAGCGAUCCCUCGAGGCAACUGUAGACCUGGCCUUUCCCUACAGCGUACCCCUACCAAAGAGACCAGCUUUUGAGAAGAGCAGCUGGGCCAGCUCUCUACUCAGCCCCAAUUUUUUGCACUAUCAACAGGCUCUGGCCAACACACAGCUGCAGCAGCCCACCGCUGCAUUUUAUCCCACAGGUUCUGUGUUCUGCAUGACUCCAGCUAACAGCGUUGAUCAUCCUCAAGUAACCACCAGAAACAGAAGUCAGUGCUGUGUUGCUGUUAAAGACGCCAAACAACUGCUCUGUAAAUAUUCUGUUAACACCACACACAACUUACAACAAGCUGCAUGCUGAUGACGUCACUGAUGAAAAUGUUGUAGACUUUGAUCGCUCAGAUUAAAUACAUAGCUCAAUUACUAGGAUUAUUCUGUGUUGUGUCACAGAAGGUUACUGUAUGCACGCGUCUCUGCACCUGCAUUGAAAUGCAUCCCCAGUGAUGUGGAUAAUAUCCUGGUUUCUAUUUCCUGAAGUUCUGACAAGGCGAUAGGUUCAUUUAGCCUCUUAAUCAGCUGAAAUGCAGUUCACGUAUAGAGAACCUCAUCAUUUUCAUGAACAAAUCCAACCAGGGAACACAUGGGAAUUAAACAGAAACAUGCAGUGCAGAUACACAUUACUGUUAACUGACAGGGAAACAAGCAGAAAUGUUGUUCACUGACCGUUUGAAAUUGUGUAAAUAUUACAAGAGGAAAGGAUGAGACUGACAGAUCUGAUCUGAAACGUUAAUACCAGGUAUAAAGGGGUCCUAUGUUGGAGAUUGUUAAAUCCUCAAGAUAAUGAGCAGCAAAUUAUUUUUCCUUUCUUGAAUGUGUGAUGUUAACUGUAAGGUUUUUCACAUUGAUUGUUUAUAUAUUGCCAGCUUUAAUUCUUUCAAACAAAAUAGUAAAAAGCACUUAUUAUAACUCUUCACAUUGUAAAAAAAGGCAAAAGUUUCCUUUAAAAUGCUCUGAGGGUAGUCCAUCUGUAUCGUUUUCCUUGUCAUCCCUAGAGAACAGGAUCAGCGCUCCACCUCCUGGUGUGCCUUUGCAUUGCAUAUACAGUAUGUUUGCUAAGAGGAAAUACUGUAUAAUCCAUCUGCUGUCAAAGUAGCAGCAGUGAUUUAAACAUUUAGAUUUUCCCCACUUCAAAAAAAUAUGUAUUUGAAAUAUUGGUCACAGUGAUGUUUGACUUGUUGCUGUGUCUGUAAGUGGUUUUCACCUCUGGAACUGGUUUCACAAAGAUACACUUCACUCAAAUUAAUCAGUCACAUUUCUAAAUUAUACAAAGACAUUUUACUGGAAAAAUUCACCAAAGAGUUUAAGAACACAAAUAAAACAAGCACAGACGUGUCACUGAAAUGUGACUUCACCGUUGUACAUUUCCAACAGGUCACUUCAGUCUUUAAAAACUGUCCCUUCUCAUUACUCACUCUGCUAUAUUGUUAUAAAGCCAUAAAUUAUAAGCCAUGUUUUCCUCCCUUUUUUAAGUUUGGUGCCACUGUUUAGGAGGUGUCACUGAUUGUUACCAUGGAAACAUUGAUCAGCAGGGGCACAUUCAAUUUGAAACAGACUAAAAUGUAUCAGAGGUGUUCAGCAGCAGCGAGUAUAUAAACAAAGAUGAUCUUUACGUAAUGUUCAUACUAUUUUUGUUGUUGUUUUGGCAAUGUUAACAUAUGUUUCCCAUGAUAGCAAAGCCCCUAUGAACUGACGUGAAUUAAACUUAAGUGUAUUAAAAGGCAGUCCCUCAAGGACAUGGUGAUAUUGCAAUCCCAACAAUAAAUGGAAAUUCAGCCAAUCCCUGUAAAUUCUGUGCAACCUUUUACACUUUUUUACACACGUUUUGCUUCAUUUUGUCAGGGCAGAAUGCGGCCCAGGUGUUAAUGAUUGUGACCAUAGAUUUAUCUUAGUGUUUAGUUAACCUGGUGGAAAGGUGGCUGACGUUUUAAGCUUAAAAUAAGCCAAGAACUGUGAAACUGCCUAACUUACAUCAGACUAAUCAAACAGCAAAAUUAGGACCGGCCUUUGAUUACAGACCUGUGUGAAAUAUCCUUGUGAAACUGGCUCCUGGUUUUUAAGAAGAGCCAUCAAAAUGAACUCAAUAAAAUGUUGUUAUUACCACCGCUCAUAUUCAAACUAAAGUUCCCGUAUUAAUCCUAUGAGGGAAGAGUUGAGUUGUGUGUGAACUGUUAGUCUUAAUGUGACAGUCACUCGUCUGUACUGUAUUUGAAUGUUACAAGUGCCUGAAGAAUUGUGCAGACGAGGACGUCUGUGCAAAUUUAAAAGGCUUCGUGUGGAAAAAUCACUCGAUUAAAUCUACUUAAAUCACAUUUAGAGAGAAAUGUUUUGCAGUGCUACGUCAGCGCAUUAGUAUUUAGUCAAUUAAUUUUCACUGAUGCUCAAAUGUGUGUAUGUGUGUACUACAGUGUGUAUAAGAGCUGAUAUCCAGCUUCAUUUGUUUUAAGAUGGUUAAUGUACGAUGAUGUUUCCUAAUUAGUUUCAUGCACAGUAAAAAUACUUUAUGUUAGAAAAGUAGAAUUUGAGGAGGUAGAAGUUUGGUGAAGCUUAGUCGUGUAGGGUUAUAGCCACAUUAUGCAAAUACCCGUAUUUGUUUGAAACUGACAGAGUGGGUAUUGUGUCACAAACAGAUGUUAAAACGUUUUUGCUCUUAUAUGUUAACAUUCUCUUGAACAUCUUUUAUGUAAGUUUUAGUUCCCUGUUUUGCAGCAAAUAUCAACCUGUCCUUUCAUGUUUCUGAUGUCUUUUCAAGUGACUGAUAUAAGUUUUUUUUUUUUUUUAAUUUGUACACUUUUCUUUUGUGUGAUUAACUCAGACAGUCCACCAAAUGAUAUGUCAUUUUUUUCAUUCGUUGUGAAAAGAUUUACAGAUUAUUGGUUGGAAUAUAGGGACUUGCAUAUUUUACUAGUUUAACAUUAGAAAUGAACACUUUUAAAAUGUUUUCUCUUCUAUUUUAUGAUGAAUGUAAUUUAUUAAACUGACUUUAGCUCUGCUGAAGGGUUCCUCAAAGGGCCUUGAUCUGUUGUAUUAGCCUACGAUAAGCCGUCUUGUGUCCAGGGAUCGAACGUUUGAGCAAAGAGAAGCUUAAAACAUCAUCUCUGUCACUGCCUUGUCACCUGUGAGGGACAACAAACCUUUGUAUGAACAAGGCCAUAGAAUUGCUCUUUAUGUACAAAAGUGCAUUGUACAGGCCACAUUUUACAGAAAGUAACUUUCAUAAUAGUGUAAUAAUAGAUUGUCAUUUAAUUGUUUUGAUGUGUUGCCGAGGCAAUCUGAAGUUGCAGUGAUUGAAAAACUGUAUUUUUGUAGGUGAUGAAAUUGUUUUUCCUCCUCACAAGAAAACAUUAGAUUGUACUGUCAGAUAUUUAUGCCAUGGUGAAACACUGUAGGCGAUCAAAUGCAUAAGAGUAUAUUUUGAAUUGCGAAUUUUGUGUUUUAUAUGGUUUCCACUGCAUGUUAACAUCUUGCAGCAAACAUAUAAUCCACCCUCGGAGAAUUCGCAGUCAUGAGUUGAUGGUUCAGCGGCUGUUAGAACCUUGUUUUCAAAGUUUAGGUUGUUAUUAGUUAUAUGACAAAUUUUCCCUUAUUUAUUUUACCUGCAAAUAAAAGGCAUAUAAUUGAAUGUUUGUUUCACCUUUUGGCAAAAAGCUUGAAUGUCAUGGAUAUACCUGCACAUGGAGGUUGUUGGAGAUUUUGAUCGCCCAGUAAGUGUGGACAGUAAGAAUGUUUGGUGCGACCAGCUAAAGCACUUUUACAACUGUCAGACUGAGAGGACAUGCUUUUUGUGAACUUUGCCUUAUCUUUAAUCUAUUCCUAAGUUUGUAUUUGUUCAUUAGUUACAAAUUCCAUUCUGUCUAAUAAAUAAAAUACAUUUCAUGGAAGUUCUCUGUGAAGUUAUUGAUAUAUAAGUUUUGAGUUUGAGGCCAAAAUUACAGUUUGUAAAACAAUUAUUUCCUGAUAUGACUAAAAGCUUAAUUGCUUGAUUAAUUACAGACUCUGAUAUAUAUUGGUGCCAUUUGGAUCCAUCCUGGCCUGAAUAUAAACAGCCCCUCACAUAUUUGUUUUAACUUGUGAAAAUAAUUUUAUUCAGGCAUAAUGAAACAUUUUUUGUGGAUAGUUUUGUUCCUGUAAAUUCAAAAUUGUGUAAAAUCUAAUAUUGCAAAUAAAUAAAUGU